UCCAUUCAGGUUGAAUGGAAUGGUUCGGUUCGGGUGGAUGAAAGUAGGUGCGUGCGGAAAAAAUCUUGAAAUGAGGAACCAAAGAUUUACCUCAGAAUUUAUUCGGUACUCAAUUUGAAUAAACAAUUAUCGAAUCCAAUCUCGACGAAGUGUGCAAAAUUUUCCUUUGCAUAAAUAUAUGCUUAAGUAAUAUCGAAAUUAUCCAAUGCAAAAUUAAUCGGGGUCUAUUAAUCAGACCAAAAAGUAAUAAUAAAAAAGUAGUGUGUAGCAACAAAAUAACAUUUGCUUGCCUUUAUUUAACAAAGCCGUCGUCGUUUUAAGAUAAGAAGGUAGUGUGUGUGUGUAUAUGCAGUGUAAUAACAUAAUAAGCAACAGAAAACACAAUAACAACAACAGCAACCGAUGGAAAAAUGCCUUUCACAAUGGACAGUGAACAAAACCUAGUGGAAAUAGAUUUACCCAAUCUAACAACAAAGGAAGUACGCCUUCCAAUUGUGGGCAUGACUUGCCAGAGUUGUGUGCGUAACAUCGAAGGCAAUAUUGGUUCGAAGGCUGGCAUCUUAAAGUGUCGAGUGGAACUUCAGGAAAAGGCAGGCUACUUCACAUAUGACAGCAGCAUAACAAAUCCGCAACAGAUUGCAAAUGAUAUUGAUGACAUGGGUUUUGAAUGCGAGUAUAAACAGGACGAAGAUGAAGUCUCCACUAGAAAAUGCCUCAUACGAGUCGUGGGCAUGACCUGCCAAAGUUGUGUACGCAACAUUGAGGGCAACAUUGGCACAAGGGAGGGCAUUACGGCCAUCAAAGUGAGCCUGGAGGAGAAACAGGCAGAAGUUGAAUAUGAUAGUCAGAAGCUAACACCCGAUCUCAUUGCCGAAAUGAUAGACGAUAUGGGUUUUGAAGCAAGUGCAAUGGACAGCAAUGCUACGCCCACUAAAACAAAAACACCUUCCUCAUCGCCCCUGAAAAACUCACCCUUAAACAAUGCAGGCGAACAACAAAAGCAACAGGUUGCCACAAAUGGAAAUGCCAUUGCCAUACCCAUAGAAAAGGAAUUGCUGUCGAAAUGUUUUUUGCAUAUUCGAGGCAUGACCUGUGCGAGUUGUGUGGCCACCAUAGAGAAGCAUUGCAAGAAAAUUUAUGGAAUUGAUAGUGUAUUGGUGGCUUUGCUGGCGGCCAAAGCGGAAGUCAAAUACAAUGCCAAUGUAAUUACGCCAGAAAGUAUUGCAAAAUCCAUUACUGAAUUGGGAUUUCCCUCGGAACUUAUUGAUGAGCCGGAUAGCGGCGAAGCUGUGGUGGAAAUAGAGAUAAUAGGCAUGACCUGUGCAUCGUGUGUAAAUAAAAUUGAGACACAUGUGCGAAAAUUGAAAGGUGUUUCCGAGGCGUCGGUGACAUUACUUACAAAACGAGGAAAAUUCCGCUACAAUACCGAUGUCACCGGUCCGCGUAAUAUCUGCGAAGCAAUCGAACAACUGGGCUUUCAAGCCCAUCUACUCUCCGGCAAGGAUAAAAUGGCCCACAGCUAUUUGGAGCACAAGGAAGAAAUUCGCAAAUGGCGUACGGCAUUUUUGAUCUCCUUGCUCUUUGGUGGUCCAUGCAUGAUUGCCAUGAUCUAUUUCAUGGUCGAAAUGGACAAUAAGGGACACGCAGCCAUGUGUUGCAUAGUACCCGGUCUGUCUAUGGAAAAUUUGGUCAUGUUUCUACUCUCAACACCGGUGCAAUUUUUCGGUGGCUGGCACUUCUAUGUCCAAUCGUACAAGGCCAUAAAACAUGGCAGCACCAACAUGGAUGUGCUCAUAUCGAUGGUCACCACUAUUUCCUAUUUAUAUUCCGUGGGAGUUGUCAUAGCUGCCGUGUUAAUGGAACAAAACUCAUCACCUUUAACAUUCUUUGAUACACCACCGAUGCUUUUGAUAUUCAUAUCGUUGGGCCGGUGGCUGGAACACAUAGCCAAGGGUAAAACUUCCGAAGCUCUGUCAAAACUACUAUCCUUGAAAGCAGUGGAAGCUGUGCUAGUAGAAAUUUCUGAAGAUUUUGAGAUUACUUCGGAGAAGGUAAUAUCCGUUGACUAUGUGCAAAGAGGUGAUAUUUUAAAGGUGGUGCCCGGAGCCAAAGUUCCUGUGGAUGGCAAAGUCCUCUAUGGUCAUUCAACUUGUGAUGAGUCAUUGAUUACCGGAGAAUCAAUGCCGGUGGCCAAACGUAAGGGUGCUGUGGUCAUAGGUGGCUCCAUAAAUCAAAACGGUGUGCUCUUGAUAACCGCCACUCAUACGGGUGAGAAUACUACACUGGCACAAAUUGUCCGCUUGGUGGAGGAGGCCCAAACCUCUAAAGCGCCCAUACAACAGUUGGCAGAUCGCAUUGCGGGCUACUUUGUGCCAUUUGUUGUAGUGGUCUCCAGUGUGACAUUAAUUGGCUGGAUAAUAGCGGGUUUCGUAGAUCCCGAUCUGGUGCCAAUUGCCAGGGAACACAAGGCACACAUGGACACAAAUACCAUAGUUGUGAGUUAUGCAUUCAAGUGUGCUCUGAGUGUUCUGGCUAUUGCCUGUCCCUGUGCCCUGGGCUUGGCAACGCCGACUGCUGUGAUGGUGGCAACUGGCACUGGAGCUAUUAAUGGAGUUUUGGUUAAGGGAGCCACGGCUUUGGAAAAUGCCCAUAAGGUCAAGACUGUGGUCUUUGAUAAAACCGGCACCAUAACCCAUGGCACACCCAUGACCUCGAAGGUGGUAAUGUUUGUUAAGCCUGCAGUUUGCAGUCUGGCUCGUGCUUUGACCAUUGUUGGAGCUGCAGAGUCGAACAGUGAACAUCCCAUUGCCUCGGCCAUAGUUCGUUUCGCCAAAGACAUGCUGGCCCAGGAAUCUUUGGGCAAGUCUAGCAAUUUCCAAGCGGUGCCCGGCUGUGGUAUUAAGGUUACUGUUUCCCAUUAUGAAACGCCCCUGCGACAAGCUUGUCAUGCCGAAAAGAUAAUCAACUACGAGAACAGUUAUCGCUCACAUGGUAAUAAUCUUGAAAAAGCACCCAUCCAAAUGGAAAAUGGAGUAUCCAUUUCGGAACUAUUGUAUGCCACCCGUAUGGUGGGGGGUUCUGGCGAAACGGAACGAGCAAAAGUAGCCCAACAACAAAUGCAAUUACUGCAAUUGGACGACCAGAUAAUGCCAACUGUGCAACAUUCUGAGGAAGUGAUCGGUGAUUCCGUGGCCAUAAUGGAUGGUGAGGUUAAUGUCUUAAUAGGCAAUCGGGAAUGGAUGCUACGCAAUGCCAUACAAGUGCCGGCGGAAAUCAACAAUGCAAUGUCAGAGGAGGAGUCAAAAGGCCACACAGCUGUGUUGUGUGCCCUGAAUGGUCAUUUGAUUUGUAUGAUUGCUGUUUCGGAUAUGGUUAAGCCCGAAGCCCAUUUGGCUGUGUAUACUCUCAAGAAAAUGGGCAUAGAUGUGAUACUCUUGACAGGUGACAAUAAGAACACAGCAGCUAGUAUUGCAAGAGAGGUGGGCAUAAAUCGUGUUUUUGCUGAGGUUCUACCUUCCCACAAGGUCGCCAAAAUCCAGCGCAUACAGGAGGCCGGACAGCGUGUGGCCAUGGUGGGUGAUGGAGUCAACGACAGUCCGGCCUUGGCCCAGGCUGAUGUUGGCAUUGCCAUUGCUGCUGGCACAGAUGUUGCCGCCGAAGCAGCCGAUGUGGUGUUAAUGCGUAACGAUCUGCUCGAUGUUGUGGCAUGUCUAGAUCUGUCACGCAAGACCGUAAAACGGAUACGUUACAAUUUCCUCUUUGCCAGUAUGUACAAUCUACUUGGCAUUCCCUUGGCGUCUGGCAUAUUUGCACCCUUUGGCAUUACACUACAGCCAUGGAUGGCCUCAGUGGCAAUGGCUGCCAGUUCUAUAUCCGUGGUGUGCUCUUCAUUGCUUUUGAAAUUGUAUCGCAAGCCAACGGCCGCCAAACUGCACACAACUGAAUACAUGCAAUAUGUGGCCACGGCCAAGGAACGGGAACCCGAUCAGCUCUCCCUGCACAGGGGAUUGGAAGAUUUGCCACGCAGACGCAGUAGCUCAUCACUAUUAUCCCGCCUUCUGCUACGCUCCGGUAGCGUUAAAAUCGAUCCCAAAGAAGAUUCUCUGCUGGCAGCCGAAGAUGUGGACUACAUCAAGCCAAGAAUUGUGAAAACGAAAAAUCCGCACGAUGCAACAGAGCUACAAAAAUUAUAGACUAAAUAGGCACCGCAGCACCCGAGUGCGUGUGUGCGUGCCUUGUUAAGCAGAAUUGUUGAAAGAUUGAAAACUGUAUUGUUAUAUGCACACAACCUGUGCAUAAUAUUUUUGUGUUAGAAGAGAGAACGUAUUUCCUUAAAUUUAUUUUUUUUUUGUUUUCCUGUUUCCUGUUAUCUUUUGAAAUAUUUCUUUGGUUAUUUAUUUUAAGGAGUCGUCCUGUAAAGCGCCACGAAUCACUUCAUGUCCAAAAAUAAUAAUCUUGUAUACACCCAUUCGAACACGUCAUCCAUUUAAAUUUAUUUUAUAAGACCCCCAAUAACAGCAAAACAAACAACUUAUUAUAUAACUGUGAGUGCAAAUAUCGACUUGAAUUAAUUUACAUAACAACUGUAUAGAAUUCCAAAAAUAUAUUUGAAGCAAAUGCAUAUUUUGUUAACUAAAAAAAGAAAGUCUUCUGUAAAUUCGUUUUGUAAAAUACUUUUGUAACUACGUGACCAGACAUUUGAUGGUGUUUUUUUUUUUUCUAUUUUUUGUUUUGGCAGACAAAUGCUCAAAAUAAGCAAACAAUGAAUAUAUAAAUAAUAUUCUAUAUUUUUGUUAUACAUCUUAUUAAUUAUAAAUAUUUUUUAUACGAAUCGCUAAAUAAAUCAAUAUGACCCCAUAUAACCAGUAAA